CCCAUUCUCCUUUCUCUCAUACCCUCUCUUCGCAUUUUAGUCUUCGUUCCCCAAUCUCCAAAGCUUCCUCUUUGUCUUCCCAUGGAGAUUGGGUAACACCAACAUAACUCAAUUCCACAACACAACAACCCCUUUGGAUUAUACAUUAUAAUACAUUCUCAUUCUUAUCGUUAUUUUCAUCAGUUUGUUAUUAUAAUAUAUAAUCCAAAAUCAAACCAAACCAAACAAAACAAUCUUCCAAAACAACCUUGCUUUUGUUUUGAGUUAUUGUUAUUGUUAUUUGUAUUAUCAUUCAAACCUAUCAUCCAUGGGAAGCUGCGUGUCAUCACAAGGAGGGAAGAGGAAGAGGGCGGCAAAGCAGCCCUACAAGACCGCCACGCCGAAAGGGUAUGAGGCGGCACGGCGGUCGAGCGUGGUGGCGGCGCGUAGGUCGAGCGUGACGGUGCGUCCGCCGGUAAACGUGGUGGCGGACCCGAGUCCGGGGAACAUAUUCGAUAAGUACUCGUUUGGGAAGGAGUUGGGGAGGGGAGAAUUCGGUGUGACGCACCGUGUGGUGAACGUGGAGAGUGGGGAGGCGUUUGCGUGCAAGAAGAUAGCGAAGACGAAGCUGAGGACGGAGAUUGAUGUGCAAGACGUGAGGAGGGAGGUGCAGAUCAUGAAGCACUUGCCUCAGCAUCCCAACAUUGUUGCAUUCAAGGAGGCUUAUGAGGACAAAGAUGCCGUUUACCUUGUUAUGGAGCUUUGUGAAGGUGGAGAACUCUUUGAUAGGAUUGUGGCUAAGGGUCAUUACACCGAACGUGCUGCUGCUAAUGUUACCAAGACCAUACUUGAUGUUUGCAAGGUGUGUCAUGAGUACGGAGUAAUACACAGGGACUUAAAACCUGAAAACUUCUUAUUUACAGAUGGAAGCGAGUCUGCAUCAUUGAAGUCAAUUGAUUUUGGCCUUUCCACCUUCUAUGUGGAGGGAGAAAGAUUCAGUGAAAUUGUUGGAAGUCCCUAUUACAUGGCUCCCGAGGUUUUGAGACGUAACUACGGACCAGAAAUUGAUGUCUGGAGCACAGGCGUAAUUCUUUACAUUUUACUUUGUGGAGUUCCACCCUUUUGGGCAGAAUCUGAGGAAGGGAUUGCUCAGGCGAUCAUCAGGGGUAAAGUAGACUUCACAAGAGAUCCUUGGCCUAAAGUUUCAGAUGAAGCAAAACAUCUUGUUAAGCGCAUGCUUGAUCCAAAUCCAUUCACCCGGAUAAAAGUUCAAGAAGUUCUUGAUCAUUCCUGGAUACAACAUAGGGAGCAUGGUCGAACUAUUUCUCUUGGAGACCAAGUGAGGAUGAGGAUCAAGCAAUUCUCCUUGAUGAACAGAUUCAAAAAGAAGGUUCUUAGAGUGGUAGCUGAUAACCUACCAGAUGAGCAAAUUGAUGUGAUUAAGAAAAUGUUCGAUAUGAUGGAUAAGGACAAAAAUGGAAACUUGUCAUUUGACGAGCUCAAAGAUGGCCUUUCAAUGAUUGGACACGCCCUUCCUGAUACUGAUGUCCAAAUGUUAAUGGAUGCUGCGGAUAUUGAUGGAAACGGCACCCUCAAUUAUGAAGAGUUCAUCACAAUGAAUGUUCAUCUGAGAAAGAUCGAAAGCGAUGAGCAUCUCUCUGAAGCAUUCCGUUACUUUGACAAGAACCAGAGUGGAUAUGUUGAGUUUGAGGAGUUGAAAGAUGCCUUAUCAGAUGAUGACUCGGAAGCCAGUAACGACCAAGUGAUCAAAGACAUUCUAAAUGACGUUGACUUGGACAAGGACGGUCGAAUCAGUUUUGAGGAGUUUAAGGCAAUGAUGAAGACAGGAGGAGAUUGGAAAAUGGCUUCUCGCCAGUAUUCAAGAGCAUUGCUAAAUGCAUUAAGCUUCAAGAUGUUUAAAGACACAUCUAACAAAACUGUAGACUUAUCUAGCAAAUCUUUUAAGUUUAACUAAGUAUAUUUCAUGAAGGGGGGCAGGCCAAAGUUCUAAGUUCGUACGUGCCUCCUUAAACAGCUCGAAAACUCGCAUGAUGUGUGCAAUUAAGGGCCAUUCUGUAAUAUUUUGAGCAGUGUACAGUUGGUUACUCGGGAUCAAUGGAAUCCGGGCAUGGAGAGAAAGUGAAGAGUUCUUGUCAUGUUGCAAUCUCUGUCAAUUUCAUUUUUUUUUAUUAUUUUAAUUUCAUUGGUUGUUGUUAAAAUCGUCUAACUGAGAUUGGAAUUUGUCUUGAAAAUGGGAUGUUAUCGAUGUUCUAAGAAAUGAAAUGAAAAACUAGUGACAUUUUGGUUAGAA